AUGGAUUCCCUCAGGCCAAUCAAACCGUUCGAUACGAAAACUGACCAGUCCCAACUCGCAACCGAAUGGAGGAAAUGGAAACGCAGUUUAGAGUAUUACCUGGCUGCAAGCGGCAUUACUGGUCAACGCGAAAAGAGGAAUCAGCUUCUACAUCUUGGAGGACCCGAUCUUCAAGAUAUAUUUGAUAAUCUUCCCGGCGUUCAUGACAUUCCCCACGUUGCCCCAGAUCCACCAUUCUACGAUGUUGCUAUUACGAAACUCGAAGCGCAUUUUCAGCCAUGUCGCAGACGUACAUACGAAAGGCAUGUCUUCCGUCAGAUCGCCCAGCAACCCGGAGAACGGUUUGGGGACUUUGUGAUGAAGCUACGGGUCCAAGCAAGUCGCUGCGAUUUUGACCUGGAAGGGAAUUCGGUUUCGGACAGUAUGAUCAUUGAUCAAAUCGCGGAGAAAUGCCUGUCAUCUGCUCUGAGGAAGAAAAUUUUGGAACGGGACCGUCCUUUGGAAGAGGUUGUGGUAAUUGGAAAGACAAUGGAGGAUGUGGAACUGCAAUGCAAGGAGAUGGCUCAAAAGGAAAAAGGGACAACUAUCGUGGAAACUGUGAAUAAAGUCAAUCCGCAAAACAAUUUUCCUCGGAAAAUUUCGUACCAACCCCCUGGAUAUCGUUCUUCUGGUUUCGCUGGAGAUUCUCGCCGGCAGUUCGUCCGUCCGGAUGGCAAAACAAAUUGGAACACGGUUUUAAAUUCCCGAUUUUCUGGUCAAGGCGGAGGUAAUCGUCAGUUCAUCGCUGACAACAGAAUCUGUUUCGGAUGCGGCCGUCGAGGACAUCUGCGAGGAGGUCAAGCUUGCAUUGCAAAGGACGCACAAUGCCUAAAAUGUCGUAGUUUCGGACAUUUUGCCAAAUGGUGUACCAAGCGAUUGAACGAUGACGGGAAGGACACAGUUCCUCCUACUAAACGGAUUAAGGCAGUUUACGAGACAGGUGGCCAGAGCAAGCCAGCUGACAGCAAAACCGAUGAGGAGAUUUGUUACGUGAUGGGUGAGAACGUGUUCAGAUUCAAAGUUGGGGGAGUUGGAAUCGAAAUGACGAUUGACUCAGGAGCUGCAGCCAACCUCGUAGACUUCCACACAUGGGAAAAACUUCGUGCCAAAGGUGCAAAACUGUCUCUCAGUACUCAUGUGGACCGCUCGUUCAAGGCAUACGGUUCGUCUACGCCACUGAAAAUUAUGGGAAUGUUCUCUGCGGAAAUUGAAGCCGACGGAAGCAAGACAGAUGCUGUUUUCUAUGUCGCUCAAAAUGGCAGGCAGAAUCUCUUGGGCGACGAAACAGCCAAGAAGUUGAGAGUGCUGAAAAUAGGGUACAAUGUGGGAUCAGUGGAACCAUGUGCAAUGUUUCCGAAAAUCAAAGGAGUGAUAGUGGAAAUUCCCAUUGAUCCCAACGUGAAGCCGGUCCAACAGCCUUACCGACGUGCCCCAUUUGCUUUGGAAUCAAAAAUCGCGGACAAACUGCAGAGUCUACUGGAUCGAGAUAUAAUCGAGAAGGUUGAUCAGCCUUCAGCCUGGGUUUCUCCCAUCGUCCCAGUUCUCAAGGACAAUGGAGAGAUCCGACUGUGUGUUGACAUGCGCAGAGUUAACAAAGCCGUCCUCAGGGAAACACAUCCUUUGCCAAUAAUCGAGGAAAUCUUCGGCGGAAUAAAUGGAGCCAUUCGAUUUUCAAAGCUAGACGUCAAGGAGGCAUACCACCAGGUAGAAAUUGCUGAACGUUCAAGGGAAGUCACUACCUUUAUUGCUAAACAGUGUUUGUUCAGGUAA